AGCCUGGGAAGCGACAGGAGUGAAACUGGCUGCUUCCCACCCUGCUACUGUCCAGACAUUUCUCCUCCGGAGGUCCUCCCCCCCAGGGUCCCGGAGGUCUGGUUUGAAGCCGUGCAGUCAUGGGGGAACCUCGGGUGGCGUAGAUAAGGAGGGCAGCCUGAGUCAGGAUCCCGGCGGCCAGGAGCCGAGGUCUGCGUCACCGGGGGCGGCGGCAUGGAGCUCAGACCUGGCGACCUUCGUGGGAUUGAGGAAGGCUCAGAUUUCGACUUCCAGUUCUGGAUCCAGCUCUUCCUCUGGGUGCACUUGUUCGGCCGGCUGGUCCAUUAUCUCCUCCGCGCCUUUGGGGGGCUGACACAGUAGCCCCCUCGUCUGUUGCACCCACGGUGAGCAGCUUCCUUUCCGGCUUCCCCCGUGCCUCCCGCCUGCAGAGUCCCAGUCUCUGCAGACCCCAGCUGUUUGGAAAUUGAAACUCGCAAGGAAGGGCCUCCUCCUUCCCCAGCCCACCCUCUUGCUUCUCCCCCAGAGCGCUAUCCGGCUCUCUCUGGCUUCUGCUGAAAGUGGCUUCCCGCUCCCAAGGUCAAGGAGCGCAGCAGCGCUUGUUUGGGAAAGGCAAAGUAAAGAAACCUCCAGGAGACUAGUCCUGGGUCCCUCCCCUGCCGGCGGUCGGUACCACCUGGAACUGCACGACACGAGAGUCAAACCCCGUGGUGCUUCGAGAUCUCCUCCCUCGGGUGCUGCUGCAGGGAGCCGCCGAGGGUUUCCGAAUGUGGGUCUCUUUGAACGCCUCUUGGAGAGCCCCCUUCGAUGCGCUGCAACCCCCUGCUGUUCGUCUCUGCGAGCAGGGCCCCCAGCAGUGGAUUUAAGGACCUGCAUCCCUCUGACUCAGGCCUCACGUGAGCCACAAGUCCCCCUCCCCUCCCCCGAUUUCCUUUGCAGCCCCAGUGGCUUGGCCCGGGGAGCACUGUACUUGUAGAAUGGUGUUUUUUCCAGGGGUCUGCCUCCCAAUGCAUACAGGAUCGGCAGUGAAGCCAGAGGGAGCCUCUCCCGCUGCUUUCGGCCGAAGGAUUUGAGAGGAGCGGAGAGCCAGGGCGCUGUUUUAAGCCCGGCGGUGUGGGUGUUUCCCCUUGCCACUGGCCAUUGUUCUGGCAAACCCAUCCCAGCAGUUCUGAAGCAGAAUCUGUCCUCCCCUCACCCUCCAGGAAGUGAAACUGACUUGGCUGGCUGCGUAAGUGACUAGACUCCCCUACUCCGGCUCCAUUCCCUCCACCAGGGAAGCCAGCUCUCCGGACAGAGGUGGGAGAGAAGAAACUGUUUCCAAGUCCCUGGGUCUUCCCCGCCUCGAGCGAGAGGCAGGGAGGAGUGUGCAUGGAUGUGACUGGCCGGCCUUGAAGAGUCGCGCGCCGGUCUCUGAGUUGACAGCCACGCUCUGGGGCUGCUGCAGGGCGGGGGAGCUGUUGGAUGGAAAUUCUCUCUCCCGGUUAGAAGUCAAGAGCAAUCAGCCGUUCCUCUAGUCCCUGAUCCUGCUGUCUUCUCCGCUGCUGGGAAAUGGCCAAGGCCGGAGGAUUCCUGGAUCGGGGCCGAGCUUCACGUCGACUCUGGUUGUGAGGGCCGGGGAGAGAGGGAGAUAAAUAAAUGAAGGGAAACAUGAGCCAUGGAGCAGAAAUGACCUGCCCCAACCCCAGCAGGAACAAAGGCGCUAAGAUGUCACCGCUUCAGAAGCUGGAGAGUCUGGCUGGGCGCAUCUUCUACUGGGGGCCGCGCAGCGAGGCGGGGGCCCCUGCCGGCAGCGAGACGGCCCAUGUGUCCGAGCACACUGCCACCUGGAAUGAGCAGAUGAAGGAGUUCCUAGCCAAAGCCAAAGAAGACUUCCUCAAGAAAUGGGAGAACCCCUCCCAGAACACGGCCAGUUUGGAUCAGUUUGAUCGAAUCAAGACCCUGGGCACAGGCUCAUUUGGGAGGGUGAUGCUGGUGAAACACAAAGAGACCGGGAAUCACUAUGCCAUGAAGAUCCUGGAUAAACAGAAGGUAGUGAAGCUCAAACAAAUUGAGCAUACCCUCAAUGAAAAACGGAUCCUCCAGGCCGUCAACUUUCCAUUCCUCGUCAAGCUAGAGUAUUCUUUCAAGGAUAACUCCAAUCUGUAUAUGGUGAUGGAAUACAUCCCGGGCGGGGAGAUGUUCUCCCACCUACGGCGGAUCGGGAGGUUCAGUGAACCUCACGCCCGGUUCUACGCUGCUCAGAUCGUCCUGACCUUUGAGUAUCUGCACUCGCUGGAUCUCAUCUACCGAGACUUGAAGCCAGAGAAUCUCCUGAUAGACCAGCAGGGCUACAUCGAGGUGACGGAUUUUGGUUUUGCCAAGCGGGUGAAAGGCCGAACCUGGACUCUGUGUGGGACCCCGGAAUACCUGGCCCCCGAGAUCAUCCUCAGCAAGGGUUAUAACAAGGCUGUGGACUGGUGGGCCCUCGGCGUCCUUAUCUAUGAGAUGGCGGCUGGUUACCCCCCGUUCUUCGCGGACCAGCCCAUUCAGAUCUAUGAGAAGAUCGUCUCUGGCAAGGUCCGGUUCCCGUCUCACUUCAGCUCGGACCUGAAGGACCUGCUCCGGAACCUGCUACAGGUGGACCUCACCAAACGCUUUGGCAACCUCAAGAACGGGGUCAAUGACAUCAAGAACCACAAGUGGUUUGCUACUACUGACUGGAUCGCCAUCUACCAGAGGAAGGUGGAAGCUCCUUUUAUACCAAAGUGCAAAGGCCCCGGCGACACGAGUAACUUCGACGACUACGAGGAAGAGGAGAUCCGAGUCUCGAUCACUGAGAAGUGCGCCAAGGAGUUUGCUGAGUUCUAGGGCCAGCGGCCCCACCCCGGGAGGGCGCGCGCGGAGCAGGUGGGGGCGGGGUUGGAUUUGAUCAGCAGAAAGACCAGAGUUCCUUGCCUGUGUGUUUUAUUUUUGUGGGUGGGGGGUAGGGAUUUGCCUGGAUCUGGUUUGCGGGGGGAGCGGGAGACCCCUUAUUCUAAACCUGUACUAAGUAAAUGACAGUAGAGAAGGGCAGGAGUCUAAAUUCUCCCAUGCGCACCCUUGAUCCCCCCCACUUGCACAUGCUUCCCCCCCCAUCACAAGCCUGCAGCCCCCCCCGAGCAGCUCUCCUCAUCCCCCCUCACCUGGGGUUUAAACAGAUUACUACACACACACACACACACACACACACACACACACACACACUCUCUCUCUCUCUCUCUCCCCCUCUCUCUCUCUCUCUCUCUCUCUCUCUCAGCUCCCACUGGGUACCUUCCACCCCCUCACACUGAUCGGGUUACCCCCACACUGCCUCUCAGUCCACACGUGCUGCACCCCCACCGUCCUGACUGGCUUUAUUGGUGGCUUUUAGUUUUUGAAGGGGGGGGGGCGUUUUUUGCCAUCAAAUCCCCCCCAGAUCUUCAUGGCUAUUUGCAAAGGCUUCUGGGAGCAGGGUGUGGAGCAAAGAUGCCCCAACACCCACCGACAUGGCAGAAUAACUUUGAAUCCCCCCAAGGGGGAAAAAAAUCCCAGCCCCCCACCACCACUCUGGAAAGAGGAAGAAGGAGGGAAAUCUUGUCUCACUUUAUAAAUGCGGGGAUGGGGGGGUUGGGCUUUUUUUUUUUAAUUAAAAAUAAAUUAGUAAAUUAAACCUUAUUUUCCGUUGGGGGACGUGGGGGUGUGUGUUGGGUAGGGGGCUAAGAGGUUUUAAAACCCCAGGCGUGGGGCUGGGCUGGGCUAACUUACCCUACAUCAGCCCCCGCCAUCCCCGGUGACACCUCCCUUCCCCUCCCCCCCCAGUGCCAGGAAUUUUAACUCUCCAAGCUUUGAAUGUUUCCAGGUUUUAGCAAGGAAAAAAAAGAGAGAGAUCUGUUUUUAUUUUUGUUUUUUCAGGUAGAAACUGACCGUAUUUCCCCACCCCCGCUGCUCUCUGCGGGGUGUCUGGUUUGGGGGUAUCUUACACUGGCGGGGGGAGAUCUGGGAGUCGGUUACAGGCUGGGAUGGAGGUGCUGGGAGAGGGAAUCUCCCCGGUGGGUUUUGGAUUUUUAGCUUCCUUUGGAAAUAAAAUGCUGCCUUUUGAAUCUAGGCUGUGAAUGUGAGCAACCCCCCACCCCCACCCCUUCUUUGGCCUGUCCUCUUGUGUGUCGGGGUGGGGGUUGCAGGUAGGAUCUGGUUCUGGGGCACUUGGUGAUUUUCCCCCAGGUCAGUGGGGGCUUAUACACUCUUCUCCCUCCCUCCCCCCCGUAGGCCAAAUGGUGCCCUGCAGAAAUAACCUUAAAGGAUUUUCUGGUGGGGGGAAGGGUUCCCCUUACCCACAACCCGCCUGGGGCUCCUUUCUGCACCUCCAAUUUUAUGCUGUUGAUUUACAUUUUAAGAUGACAAUGCAGGAGGAGAAACCAGAAAAUAGGGUGCGGGGGAAGAGGAGGGUAGGCAGGAACACAGGAUCCCAAUUAGGCCCUGAUCUCCCCCCUCCCCUCCUCCCAACUCUCAACUGGCCCCCCCAGGGAGUGACCCCAUUAGAUCUGUGGUCAGGUUGGAGGGGCGUUAAGCCAUGAUUAGCCCCUCCAAUGUGAGAUCAGCUGGGGGGGGAGAAAGGGGUGCUGAUACCUAGCCAUGAUCCUGCUUUAUUGGGGGGGGGGGAAGGUGCGUGUGUGGGGGCUCUUGUUCUAUUCAUUUACUUUUCCUCCUGUCUGAUUCUUGACUUAUCCUCCCUGCCAGCCCUCCCGCCCCCAAUGCAGUGCAUCAGUGUGGUGGUCCUGUUCUAACCCCCCAGCCUGUCUCCCUCUGUGUGUAUUCACCAGCCGGUUGAAUUUCUUGUUUCUCUCCGGGGCGGAGGUGUGUGAGCUUCUUUUGGUUUCAUAGAUAAAUUAUAUAUAUUAUAAAUACAUGAGCGCUGUCAGGAGCGGAGGGGGGGAGCCCCGUGGCUAGCCCUCCCCCCCAAAAUCCCCCUUUCCCACAAAGAAGCUCGAGAGUCCCAUCUAGAGGGUGGGGAUAUCAUCCGCCCCGCCCCGGGAAACACGUCUGUGUCCUCCGACAAAACCUGUUUCACUGGAAAAAACAAAACAACUCCCCCCCAGCCCCCACUUCCUCUUUAACAGUGUGCUUUGUUGUAAACAUAUUUGAAACAAUUACCAAUAAAGUUUUGUUUAAAAAAAUAAAA